AUGCUGGCCAUCAUUCUCUUAGCCCUUCUUUGUGCCUCGGCCUCUGGCAAUGCCAUUCAGUCCAGGUCCUCCUCUUACAGUGGGGAGUAUGGAGGUAAAGGAGGAAAGCGAUUCUCUCAUUCUGGCAACCAGCUGGACGGCCCCAUCACUGCCAUCCGUAUCCGAGUCAAUUCACGUUACAUAGUAGGUCUCCAGGUGCGCUAUGGCACAGUGUGGAGUGAGUAUGUGGGUGGCAAGCAGGGAGACCUGGAGGAGAUCUUUCUGCACCCCGGGGAGUCUGUGAUCCAGGUGUCUGGGAAGUACAGGUAUUACCUGAAGCAGCUGAUCUUCGUGACAGACAAAGGCCGCUACCUGCCUUUUGGGAAAGACUCAGGCACAAGUUUCAACGCCAUUCCCUUACACCCCAACACCGUCCUUCGUUUCAUUAGUGGCCGAUCUGGCUCUGUCAUCGAUGCCAUUAGCCUACACUGGGAUGUCUACCCUAGCCACUGCAACACUUGCUGA